AUGGCACAAGAUAUUCAUGGUACUAAGGAGGAUUUACUGGUGGGUAUUUCUCUAGCUGCAUCUUCUUGGCGUAAAAGCAGUAGCGAUACUUCUGAUUUAUGGGAUGGAUCGUUAACUCCUCAAGAUGCCGUCACAUUAACCAAAUUAACCCGUGACAGCAGUACGAAGAAGUCUGUUUAUGAAACUCUAACCACUGACAAUGCGACAGAACUCAAUCACAUCUCCAGCCUAGAAAUUGUGCAAAUGCAGGAUUCAGUAAGUCAGAAGAAAAUAUUUAGAAAUUUGAGGAGAAAGCUUCCCGGAUAUUUUGCUUCAGAAAGGCAGACAGAAAGGUUAAGAAACAAAUGGCAUAAAGAAUUUGACAUUGUUCUUCAACCAUCAAGGACCACAACUGGAUGGCGUAUUAACCCCAAAAGACUCUAUCAAUGUGUCUCCAUCGCUCAUCCUUGGAUGAAGGAACUAGAUAGUGAGUAG